UGACAGACCGGGGUGAUGUCGGGAAAGGACAUUUUCCUGUCGUUAAAGGACCGGGGUGAUGGAUGGAAAGGACAUUUUCCUGUCAUUAAAGGUGUCAACUUGAAUUAGAGUGUGGCUGUGGAAGACUGGUCCCUUGAUGAUGUCUGCAAGUGGCUGAGUACCAAUGAUCUCCAUGAUUCCAUCCCAUCAUUCCAAGGAUCCAUUUUGAGACAACAGAGCAGAAAACACUAUAUGGAGAUUAUUGAAAAAUAAAACAGACCUCCCCCUCCGCCUCGUGUCAUUGGAGGCCAGCCGGCUUAUACCGUCCAUCGGAUACUGGAUUCCCGCCGGGUGCAGCGGUCCUGGCAGUAUCUGGUGGACUGGGAAGGCUACGGUCCCGAGGAGCGCUCCUGGGUUCCUGCCAAAGACAUACUGGACCCUGACCUCAUUCGUCAGUUCAGGGCCCUCCACCCUGAGAGAGCUGGUAGGAACGUCAGGAGCCGUUCCUAGAGGGGGGAUUCUGUCAGGAUUUGGCCAGGGUUGUUCCGGUUUUUGGUCACUAGAUGCCCCCAUUGUGCUUUUUGACCUUUUGCUUUCCCUUGAUCCCCAUUAUUAUUUGCACCUGUGCCUCGUUUUCCCCUGAUUCUAUUUAAACCCUUUGUUUCCCUCAGUUCUUUCCUCUGUGUUUGUAUGUUAGCACCCAGCCCUAGUAUUCUGUGUACUCUUGUUGAUCCCGGUGGACGCUCAUGUGGAAUUUUGUUUUUUUUGUUCUUGUUUAUUUAUUUUUGAGUAUCUUUUUAGGCUUUUUAUGCUAUACCUACCACCUUGUGGAUUUACCUUUUUGUCUUGAGGAUUACCUUGUGGAUUACCUUGUUCUUGUGGAAUUCCUUUUGAGCUUGUGGAGUUACAUGUUUUCCUGAAGGACUUCACUUUUUACUUUAUUAAAUACACCGUCUCAAGUACUGCUGUGUCUGCCUCAUCUUCUGGAUUCUACUGACAAUUCGUGGCUCAGUUGAUUAAGUGACUGUUUCUCACUCCCGAGACCCGGGUUCGUAACCGGGUCCUGACAGUGACUUAUUGUUGUUGCUGCACUGUCUAGAACUACCUUAACAAACAGUGACUUAUUAUUGUUGCUGUACUGUCUAUAACUACCUUAACAAACAGUGACUUAUUAUUGUUAUUGUUAUUAUUGUUAUUGUUGCUGUACUGUCUAUAACUACCUUAACAAACAGUGACUUAUUAUUAUUAUUGUUGCUGUACUGUCUAUAACUACCUUAACAAACAGUGACUUAUUAUUAUUGUUGCUGUACUGUAUAUAACUACCUUAACAAAGAGUGACUUAUUAUUAUUAUUGUUGCUGUACUGUCUAUAACUACCUUAACAAACAGUGACUUAUUAUUGUUAUUGUUAUUAUUGUUAUUGUUGCUGUACUGUCUAUAACUACCUUAACAAACAGUGACUUAUUAUUAUUAUUGUUGCUGUACUGUCUAUAACUACCUUAACAAACAGUGACUUAUUAUUAUUGUUGCUGUACUGUAUAUAACUACCUUAACAAAGAGUGACUUAUUAUUAUUAUUGUUGCUGUACUGUCUAUAACUACCUUAACAAACAGUGACUUAUUAUUAUUAUUGUUGCUGUACUGUCUAGAACUACCUUAACAAACAGUGACUUAUUAUUAUUAUUGUUGCUGUACUGUCUAGAACUACCUUAACAAACAGUGACUUAUUAUUAUUACAGACAGUUGCCAUGGAGAUGAAAUGUCACAACUCCAUAUUCAUGUGAUUGCAUUAAAUCACCUGACUGUUUCUAUAUGUCUGGGUCAGUGCACUAAAAUGAGUCUCUCUGGGAAGAGAGAGGAGGGGGGCCCUGCCUCUAAAAUGAGUCUCUCUGGGGAGAGAGGAAGGGGGCCCUGCCUCUAAAAUGAGUCUCUCUGGGGAGAGAGAGGAAGGGGGCCCUGCCUCUAAAAUGAGUCUCUCUGGGGAGAGAGAGGAAGGGGGCCCUGCCUCUAAAAUGCAUCUCUCUGGGGGACAUGACACCAAAGCUAAGAGACCAAUCCAGCAGGAGAGACCAGCCUCCCCUGUUCCCAGCUGUGUGUCCAUGAAGAGUGACUGGUCUAUGGAUCGUCCUCUAAACUUUAGAGAGGGAGACUUUUCUACUGAACAAAGAAACCAACAGGAGAGAUCAGAGUCAGAGAUUCUCAGUGGUCAGUCUACCCAGAGUCAUCAAACAGACCUGGACUCCAUAUUCAGUUUGCUUGAAGAGAAAAUUAUGACAUUUGUGAAGAACGAGCUGAAGAUUUUCAAGAGGAUUCUUAGUCCAGAACUCCCAGAAGGCUUUGAGAGUCAGAAGCAGGAUAAGGAAGUGGUGGAUGCUGAAGAUGAGAAGCAGGAGAGCAGUGCCAGAGAGGGGGCUCUGAAGAUCACACUGCACAUCCUGAGGAAAAUGAACUUGAAGGACAUUGCUGACACACUGGAGAAAUAUGAGCUUGCUGUGAUUUGCCAACGUGAACUCAAAUCAAAUCUAAAGAAGAAGUUUCAAUGUGUAUUUGAGGGAAUCGCUAAACAAGGAAACCCAACACUUCUCAAAAAGAUCCACACAGAGCUCUACAUCACAGAGGGUGGAACAGGAGAGGUCAAUAAUGAACAUGAGCUGAGACAGAUUGAGACAACAAUCAGGAAACAAGCAAGACCAGAGACUGCAAUCAAAUGUAACGACAUCUUCAAACCCUUAACUGGACAAGACAAACCUAUCAGAACUGUGCUGACAAAGGGAGUCGCUGGCAUUGGAAAAACAGUCUCUGUGCAGAAGUUCAUUCUGGACUGGGCUGAAGGAAAAGCAAAUCAGGAUGUCCAAUUUGUAUUUUCAUUCCCUUUUCGGGAGCUGAAUUUGAUGAAAGAGGACAAAUGCACUUUCAUUGAACUUCUUAAUCACUUCUCAAUGGAAACCAAACAAUCAAGAAUCUCCAAUUACGACAAGUACAAAGUUCUGUUCAUCUUUGAUGGUCUGGAUGAGUGCCGACUGCCCCUAAACUUCCAGAAGAACAAGAUCUGUUGGGACGUCACAGAGUCAACCUCAGUGGAUGUUCUGCUGACAAAUCUCAUCAAGGGAAAUCUGCUUCCCUCUGCUCUCCUCUGGAUAACCACCCGACCUGCAGCAGCCAAUAAGAUCCCUUCAGGGUGUGUUGACCAGGUGACAGAGGUACGAGGGUUCAAUGACCCACAGAAGGAGGAGUACUUCAGGAAGAGAUUCAGUGAUGAGGACCUGUCCAGCAGAAUCAUCUCACACAUAAAGACAUCAAGGAGCCUCCACAUCAUGUGCCACAUUCCAGUCUUCUGUUGGAUUUCUGCAACAGUCCUUGAACACAUGCUGAAACAUAAGAGAGAAGAGAUGCCCAAGACUCUGACUGAGAUGUACACACACCUUGUGGUGUUUCACACCAAACAGAAGAAUGAAAAGUAUCUUGGGAAAGAAGAGACAGGUCCACACUGGAAUAAAGAGAGCAUUCUGUCACUGGGAAAACUGGCUUUUCAACAGCUUGUGAAGGGCAGUCUGAUUUUCUAUGAAGAAGACCUGAAAGAGGCUGGUAUUGAUGUCAUUGAAGCCUCAGUGUACUCAGGAUUGUGCACACAGCUCUUUAAAGAGGAAUGUGGGCUGUACCAGGACAAGGUGUACUGCUUUGUACAUCUGAGCAUUCAGGAGUUUCUGGCUGCUGUAUAUGUGUUCCUCUCAUUCAUCAACAACAAUGAAAAUCUAAUGGACAAACUGCAAACAAACGACAAUCCUGAAGUUACUUUCUACAAGAGUGCUGUGGAUAAAGCCUUACAAAGUGAGACAGGAAACCUGGACCUUUUCCUCCGCUUCCUUCUGGGCCUCUCACUGGAUUCCAAUCAGAAGCACUUACGAGGUCUACUGACAAAGACAAGAAGCAGCUCACAGAGCCACGAUGAAACAAUCAAGUACAUCAAGGAGAAGAUCAGGGAGAAUCCCUCUCCAGAGAGGAGCAUCAAUCUGUUCCACUGUCUGAAUGAACUGAAUGACCGUUCUCUAGUGGAGGAGAUCCAAAGCUACCUGAGAUCAGGAAGUCUCUCAGAAGCCAACCUGUCACCUGCACAGUGGUCAGCUCUGGUCUUUGUGUUGCUGACUUCAGAAAAGGAGCUGGAUGUGUUUGACCUGAAGAAAUACUCCAGAUCAGAGGAAGGUCUUCUGAGGCUGCUGCCAGUGGUCAAAGCCUCCAGAGCUGUUCUGCUGUCAGGCUGUGGAGUCACAGAGGAAGGCUGUGCUUCUCUGGUCUCAGCUCUGGAGUCAAACCCCUCACACCUGAGAGAGCUGGACCUGAGUAACAAUGACCUGAAGGAUUCAGGAGUGAAGCUGCUCUCUGCUGGACUGGAGGAUCCACACUGUAAACUGGAGACUCUGAGGCUGUCAGGCUGUCUAGUCACAGAGGAAGGCUGUGCUUCUCUGGUCUCAGCUCUGAGGUCAAACCCCUCACACCUGAGAGAGCUGGACCUGAGAAACAAUGACCUGAAGGAUUCAGGAGUGAAGCUGCUCUCUGAUGGACUGGGGAAUCCCCACUGUAAACUGGAGACUCUGAGGCUGUCAGGCUGUCUAGUCACAGAGGAAGGCUGUGCUUCUCUGGUCUCAGCUCUGAGGUCAAACCCCUCACACCUGAGAGAGCUGGACCUGAGCUACAAUCACCCAGGAGACUCAGGAGUCAGACUGCUCUCUGCUGGACUGGAGGAUCCACACUGCAGACUGGAGAAACUCAAUGUGGAACAUGGUGGAGAGAACAGAAUGAAACCUGGACUUAGAAAAUAUGUCUGUGAUCUCACACUGGACCCAAACACAGUAAACAGACACCUCUCUCUGUCUGAGGAGAACAGAAAGGUGACAUGGAGGAGAGAGGAGCAGCCGUAUCCUGGUCACCCAGAGAGAUUUGAGGUCUGGGAACAGGUGCUGUGUAGAGAGGGUCUGACUGGGCGCUGUUACUGGGAGGUAGAGUGGAGUGGGGGAGGGGCUGAUAUAGGAGUGACAUAUAAAGGAAUCAACAGGAGAGGAGGGGGUUAUGACUGUUAUCUUGGAUGGAAUGACAAGUCCUGGAGUCUGUUCUGCUAUGACAACAGUUACACUGCCUAUCACAAUAAUAAUCCCACUACCAUAGACGUCCCCUCCUCCAGCCCCCACAGAGUAGGAGUGUAUCUGGACUGGCCAGCCGGCACUCUGUCCUUCUAUAGAGCCUCCUCUGACACACUGACCCACCUGAUCACAUUCAACUCCACAUUCACUGAGCCCCUCUAUCCAGGGAUUUGGGUUUGUUAUGACUCCUCAGUGUCCCUGAAAUAAUAACUUGACACACACACACACACACUGGACACACACACACACACACAGGACACACACACACACACACACUGGGUUUAGGCUUUGGUGGGAAGGCGACUCAGUGUCCCUGAAAUAAUUACACACACACACAUUGAACAUACAUACACACACUGGACUCACAAAAAUACACACACACCCUGGACACACACACACACACACACACUGAACACACACACACACAAUUGGACACACACACACUGGACACACACACACUGGACAAAAACACACACACACAUGCUGGACACACUGGACACACACACACUGAACAGACACACACACAAUUGGACACACACACAAUUGGACAAACACAUACACACGUACACUGGACAAACACACACACACACACACACACUGGACAAACACACACACAGACACUGGACAAACACACACACACACACAGACACUGGACAAACACACACACACACACACACUGGACAAACACACACACACACACACACACACACACACUGGACAAACACAAACACACAAACACACACACUGGACAAACACACACACACACACACACACACACACACACACUGGACAAACACACACACGCACACUGGACACACACACACUGGACACACACACACUGGACAAACACACACUGAACACACUUGACAAACACACACACACACACACACACACACACACACACACACACUGGACUCACAAACACACACACACUGGACACACACACAGUGAACACACUGGACACACACACACUGAACACACUGGACAAACACACACACACUGGACAAACACACACACACUGGACAAAAACACACACACACACACACAGAAACUGGACUCACACACACUGGACUCACAAGCACACACACACACACACACACACUGGACAAACACACACACACACACACACACACACACACACACACACACACACACACACACUGGACUCACACACACUGAACACACACACACUGGACUCACAAAAACACACACACACACACACACACACACACACACACACACACACACACUGGACAAACACACACACACACACACACACACAUUUGACAAACAAAAAUACACACACACCCUGGACACACAAACAAACACACAAACACAAUUGGACACACACACACACUGGACAAAAACACACACACAUGCUGGACACACUGGACACACACACACACUGAACAGACACACACACAAUUGGACACACACACAAUUGGACACACACACACACACACUGGACAAACACACACACACACACUGGACAAACACACACACACACAGACACUGGACAAACACACACACACACACACACACACUGGACAAACACAAACACAAACACACACACACACACACACUGGACAAACACAAACACACACACACACUGGACAAACACACACACACACACACACACAGACACUGGACAAACACACACACACUCACACACUGGACAAAACACACACACACACACACACUGGACAAACAGACACACACACACUGGACAAAAACACACACACACAAAAGCACACACACACAGACACUGGACAAACACACACACAUACACUGGACAAACACAAACACACACACACACACACACUGGACAAACACACACACGCACACUGGACACACACACACUGGACACACACACACUGAACACACUGGACAAACACACACUGAACACACUGGACAAACACACACACUGGACACACACACUGGACUCACAAACACACACACACUGGACACACACAGUGAACACACUGGACACACACACACUGCACAUACUGGACAAACACACACACACUGGACAAACACACACACACACACUGGACAAAAACACACACACUGGACAAACUCUCACACACACACACACACACACACACUGGACUCACACAUACUGAACACACACACACUGGACUCACAAAAACACACACACACACACACACACUGGACAAACACACACACACACACACACACACAUUGGACAAACAAAAAUACACACACAACCUGGACACACACACACACACAAACAAUUGGACACACACACACACUGGACACACACUGAACACACACACACACACAAUUGGACACACACUGAACACACACACACACACUGGACAAAAACACACACACACACUGGACAAACACACACACACACACACACACACACACACACUGGACAAACACACAUACAUGCUGGACACACUGGACAAACACACACACACACACACAAUUGUACACACACACACACUGGACAGACACACACACACACACUGGACAAAAACACACACACACUGGACAAACACACAAACACACACACACACACACACUGGUCACACACACACACACACUGGACAAACACACACAAACACACACACACACACGGGACACACACACACUGAACACACUGGACAAACACACACACACACACACACACACACACACUGGGCAAACACACACUGGACACACACACACACACACACUGAACACACUGGACACAAACACACACAAACUGGACAAACACACAAACACACACACACACACACACUGGACACACACACACUGGACACACACACACACA